AUGGAACCUGCUAUGCAGGAUAUUGUCGACGCACUUAAAUUCGACAAUUGUGACAUUCAGGAAUUGUUUGGCAGCCAGCCGCUGCACGGCGAUAUUCUGUUGUUGGAUGAGGAGGGAAUUGGUGUUGGCAUUAGCCCUGCAAAUAACAGUAUGGUAGAUGAACCAACUCGGCUUGAACAAGUUGAGGAUGAGACCAAAGGGAUUACGUUAGAAUCUCUCCGAAAGUUUGCUGCCAUUUCUGUGUGCAAACUGAAAGCUGAUGUUUCGUUCACGGAGGCUAAACUAAGAAUCGUAUUGAUGGUUUGUGAAAGUAUUAUCGAUCAAAUUAAUACUUUUGUCUCUGAGCGUGUGGAUCAUUUGUUGCACGAAAUGAUUCCUGAUCUAGAAUCGGAAGCAAUAAUUGAAUUGCACAAUGGACUUAUCGUGCACGAUAUAUUCAAAGAGGUCAACACUCCAACACGCCAACGAAAUUUUCUUAAUAGCCUUAUUGGUUCGAUUCCACAUCCAAGAACCAUUAUGUUAAAAGACAAAGAGACUAAACGAAUGGUGAAUGGAUCAGAGUUAACCGUGAAGGUGAAAGACACUUUCCAGUAUAUCCCAAUAAUCGACUCAUUGAAAAUGCUACUUCGAGAUCCCGAAAAUCGUCGCGCAUUGGAAGAUACACCUUCUGUUUCAGCCACAUCAAACCUAUACAAUUCCUACACCUGUGGAACGUGCUUCCAGACCAGCGAGUACUUCCAAAAGUAUCCCCAAGCUCUCAGGCUAAUACUGUAUGAAGACGAUGCAGAACCAUGCAACGCUCUUAGUUCCAGGGCGGGCAACAACAAAAUCUCAGCCAUGUACUUUAAAGUGCAAAAUAUGCAGAGGCAGUAUAACUCUUCUUUGAAAGCAGUUUUUCCUUUGAUUUACGCCAAAUCGAUUGAUGCUAAACACCAUGGAUAUAAUGCGAUUCUAGCUCCACUAGUAGACGAUUUGAAAAAACUAGAGAAGGGUGUUACGGUUUACUUCAGUAGCACUAAAUAUGAAAUCCGUGCGGCAGUGAUUGCAGUGGCAGGAGACACACUAGCAAUUCAUGAAGUAUUCGGAUUUCUCAGUCCAUCAGCCAAUUAUUUUUGUCGUGAAUUAAAAGAGGACAUACAUGAUGUGGAAACAUUCAUUUCACUCGACGACGGAGAUUUCACGCGAUUGGAAUUAAGUACCGGACAACGAAAAAAGAUUCAGAAAAGGCAACGAGAAAUUAUUGAGAGUAACAAUGCUGCUAGCACGAGUAACUAUCACUCAGAUGAUAAUAAUACCACACAGGAACAACUUUUCCAAGACCACGAAACACAAGAAAUCUCAAUGGAAAAGGAAUUUGACAUUGACUUAAUAUUUCAAGCAACGCCGGAAGGACAACGUAUAAUAGAACUAUUGAAAGAGAGCAGUCCCUUGGACAGCAAGCUUAUUAAGGUAAUCACUUCUGUACUAAGCGACUAUCUGAUUACUCGAUUCGGAUACCAUCCUCAUGCCCAUUACAAGAAUAUCGUGGCCAAAUCGCUGGUACAAAAAUAUAGUUCGCUAAAGUGCAAAGAUGCAGCUCAUGCACAGGGUUUAUGGUUCUACCCCGAUGCUCGAGGUGAAGGAAAACAUUCUGGAAAGCUACAAUCACGCAUUGAAUAUCUGGUCAAAAAACACCAGAAGCAAGUCCGUCGAGUUAAAAGUCGUAACGAUAAUCCAAAUGUACAAGAAGCAGAGAAUCCGGAAGGUCUAAAUGAUAACGAUGAAAACGAGGAUAUCGAGGAAAUCAUCGCAAAACUAAAGUACAUCGUUCCAUCAGAUGCGUUGCAGGAAAUCAUCAAAAAAGAUUGGAACAAAACGAUGAAUUCUAGAAACCGAAUAAGGAAGAUUCAAAACCCGGAAGAGCGGUUAACCGAAAUGUUUCAGACAUUUCCACUAUCCGGUGCGUUUGAUGGACUACUGAUUAUUAUGGAUUUUGUGGCAAUGUUUCCAGAUGUAAAUGUAAAUUUUGGUGAAACAUGGGAGAUCAUCGAAACCAAAAUACUUCAAAAGCAUGGACAUCUGCAUACUUUAGUCAUAAAUGGUUUCAUUCGGUCACUCGUCAUUAUAAAAGAAAAGAAUCCAUCGCGUGGAGCAAAACGUGUUAUUCAAGGUUCGCAACAAAUAACAAACGUUCUGGAACGCAUCAUAGAAUGGAUAAACCCAGAGGACGAAAUCGUACAAUGCGCUGCAGCUUACAAAGGAUCAAAAUUGCCAGUUCUAUUUAUCAAAGCCCAAUUGUACUGCGAAGGCGAAUGCUAUAUAUGCAUUGGGAAAAGAGCAUUCUCAGUCGGCGAUGAUAUCGUGCGCGGUUUUUUUAUACUGAUUAUGUCAUAUUAUUAUUUUAAUAUUCAGUUUGAUCCGUCCUUGGUACAUUUUUUUACCUUUUUUGCUGGAAAAGUUUUCAACAUUGGAAAGAUGUCCACAACAAACAAUGAUUUUCUCAUAAAGCUUGGAUGA